AUGAGUUCUUCCAAAAAGCGAAAAAAUGUCAAGCAAGUCAGUGGCAGCGGCUUAGCGAUACUGAAGCAUAUAGUCGAGGAACCAUAUUUUAGCACUGGACAUCUGGUGGAGAAAAGGUCUCAAUCCUUAAGCAAGAUAAGACUCGAGCAGCACACGAAAAUAUUUGCCUCGAUGUGUCCCGACGAAAUUUUGGAUCACUACGACGACUAUACCACCAGGAUGUAUUAUACAACUCUGAUGCUGGGUGACGUUUCUGGUUUCACAGACCUCACAGAGAGAUACACAAUGGCCGGUAAGGGUGGCCCGUCAAAACUUACGGAAACGUUGAACAGUUACAUAGGAGCAAUGGUGCAGGAAAUUUUGUCCCACAAAGGAGACGUCCUUAAGUUUUCAGGCGACGCCUUUAUAGUCAUGUGGAAACUGGAGGAUGGCGACGUAAUGCGAGACGUCGCUAUCGAGGCUAUGCACACUGCAUGUAUCAUACAGAAGCAUUUUGGCACAUUUGAUACGGACGUUGGCGUCACUUUGAAAGUGAAGCUUGCCAUAGCGUCUGGGAAGACGUAUUUCACGUCUAUUGGAAAUCCUGAAAAAGUGUCUCAUUACAUAAUAACUGGGAAGCCAGUUUGGGACGUUAAAUAUGCAGAAGGUCUCUGUCGAGGUGGCGACAUUCUUGUUGCUCCCAGUUCCUGGCAGUGGGCCAAUCCAAAUGAAUUCGUUCACGAGGUUCUUCCUGAUGGGAUACACACUCUCAUUUUAUCAUCCACCAUUGUCUGGGAACAGACAAAAGACGGUUACAAAACUGACGAUCCGGACGAUGACGACCUCAUUGGUAAAAGUGCUACUCUGUUUUCGAGUUUUGCCACCGACCGUGUACCGGAACCGGAAGCUGUAUCGGUACUCAUGAAUCUUACUGGUGAUGCACUUGCGCGAUAUCAACAUAGACAAGUGGAUUAUAGCUUGCGACCAAAAAUUAAUAAAGUCGCCAAGGAGCACUUGAAAGAGAAAUUGAUAAGUUAUAUGCUGAGGCCUGUGAUAAAGGCUGUUGAAAUGGAUGAACCUAUAGAAUACCUUACUGAAAUGCGACAAGUUGUCAUCCUGUUCAUCAAUGUUAUUACUACUGUCGUUGGCAAGAGGAGAUUGAUCUCUAUAGUCAAUCUGGCUUACAAUAAUAUUUUUCAAAUAGUUGACAGCAUGCAGGGCUGUGUCAAUAAGACCAAUCUCUUUGACAAGGAUCUUCUUUUCCUUUGCAUCUUUGGACUGCGCGGCAACACUCAUGAAUUGGAGUCGCAAAUCGGACUGCGAUGCGCUGCCAAAGUGCGGGAAACUUUGGCAGCGCAACGACAUGUCAAGUCAGUGACAAUUGGCGUGACAACUGGAAUGACGUAUUGCGGAGUAGUAGGUCACAUUCUUCGCAGAGAAUACACAGUCAUUGGCAUGCCCGUUAAUAAAGCUGCGCGAUUAAUGUGCGCUUACAGUAAUAAGGUCGUCUGCGAUCGUGACAGUUUCUUAAGGUCACAUUUGGACAACCGGCAUUUUGUUCUACAGGAACCAAAAAAGUUGAAGGGUAUUACAAAUACUGGACCGAUUUAUGAAUUUUUUGAGCAGACGAACGUUCAGGGCCAGGAUGAAAUGUCUAUGAAAUAUCCAAUUCUGGGACGUGAUAAUGAACUUGGAAUUUUUCAAAACAUGUUAGAACAGUUUUUGAACACCCAGCAUUCUGCUGAGCCAAAAGCCGAAGUGGCCACGCCAAUAAAAAAUAUCCUUAUUAUAAAAAGUGAACCACGAAUGGGAAAAAGCAGAUUGCUCGAUGAAUUUGUUUAUUGUCUUGCUGGUAAAAUUCCUUACAAUCGUAUAUUCCUGAUGUCUCGAGACAGUGAGAUUCCAUUAACUCUGAUUAAUUUGAUCUUCUCUGUACCACUGGGAUUUACAACAUCUUCAACAGUCAAAGAACGUGAAACGAAAAUUCUCUCUUAUUUAGGAAAUAAGAAAUAUACAAAGUGGCUCUGUGCACUCAAUGAGAUUUUCAAUAUGAAUUUCCAAAUCAGCAAGGAGUAUCAAGGGAUGCAGGAAACAGAGAAACAGUCGCUCUUUUCCAAAUUACUAAUUAAACUUAUGCGUAAGAGCUUCAAUAGCUUUUGGAUUGUUCUUGUCGACGAUGCUGAAUUUUGUGAUAAGGCAUCAUUCCCAUUUUUGGCAACCAUCGUUCAGCAAAAUUUGAUUUUCUUUGUAUUUGCACAUCGACACAAAUUUUCAUUUGAAUCUGCGUUGACCGAUAAUAUACUUGACAGGACUGAGACCAUCAAUCUAACGGGUGUCGACAAAUGGUUUCAUACUGGAUUAGCUUGUCAGUUUAUGAACGUGAUGGGAAUCCCAGCCGAAUUGGAAAAAGUGAUUCAAGAAAAGAGUAUGGGCAGUCCAGGGUGGAUAGAAAGUUAUUUAUUGAGCCUUGUGCAGGUUGGAGGUUUGGUGAUAAAAACAAUAAGUGAAAAGCAUCUACGUAAUACGGCCUUGGUUAUUCCUUCAGUAGAGAUGUUGAAGAGGUCUCUAUCCAAAACUGAUCGACUAUCCUCUUCUCAAUUCGUCAAGGAUCGUCAGGACGAAUGGAGAAUGUAUCGUUCGAGUUACAGGGACAGCACCGUUACCGUUGCGGGAAAAAAAAGUAUCAAUUUAACAAAGAAGGACGAUAACGAUGAUAACCAAAUUGCUAUUUGCAUCAUUUCAAAGAAUUUCAGUUUGGAAGAAGUGGAUACUGAAAUGACAAUGGAUGUAAUGAUACUGAAGACGUUUGACUCGCUGUCACCAUUAGAUCAAGUGCUGCUGAAAUAUGCUGCUGUUUUUGGAGAAACAAUUAAUAGAAAUAUGUUGGAAAAUCUACUCGAAGAAACAUCCCAACAUGAUAUUGCUCUGUUAUGCACCUUUUCGAAAUUCGCGUAUUGGAAUGCGCAAGUGGUCAUUUCGAGGGGGUACCAAAACUUAUUUUCUUCUCACGAAAUAACCGAAGCAUUAAUAGCUCCGACAUGGAGCUUCGUUGCAACUGUACAGUUAUAUUUUUUUUGUCCAGAGGGACUCCAGGAAUUACCAAAAUAUGCAUCCUGCGGUCUCAUGCGUUUUAAGAUGUCGAUGUUUCGCGAAACGACUUAUAGACUUAUGACCGAGAACCAGAAAGUAGAGAUUCACCGUAAAUCUCUGAAGUAUCUGCAGAAUACUACAAGACGCUGCGUUGCCUGUGGAGAAGGUCAUUUUGUCAAACUCCUGGGGCAAAGGUACAUCGAGGAUGAUGCCAAAGAACGAAAAAAGCGUGAAACCUUUAACUACAUGAUAGACAUUGCUGAAAAUCUCGUAGGAAACUCUUCUGCCGGUUUCAAAGAACAAUUACUUUCGAAUGCGUCCCUGCAAGAUGAGAUGAAAUGUGUCAGAGCUUUCAAACCCAUUGAUAAGUGUCCUACUAGAACUUUUUCAAAUUUGGAUUUUACCAACUGUCAGUGUAAUCUAAUAUUAGUCACUGCAUAUACGCAGAUACUGGACCAUUGUCGUGGAGUUGGUCGCAAGGAUAAGGUUCUCACAACAAUUUUAGAAUUCGUCGAAAUCUGUCUAGCUACCUGCAAUGUCCCACAAGCACGAAAAUUACUAAAUGACGGUGAAGUCAUUUUAAGUCAAAUGUUUCAAGACAGCAAUGACGAAUUGAACGUCCUCCCAUUGCUCUCUGGUAAAAUACAAAUUCUCCAAGGUAGAUGCUGCCUGGAGAUCGGCCUCGUCGCCAAGGCAAGCGAGUAUCUGAAUCAGGCAAUAAAAACACUUGGAUACUCAUUCCCAAAGACAGCCGCCAUGUCUAGAAUAAAAUCUGCCAUGUUGUUAAAGCAACAGCGAUUAAUGUUUGGUUGCUUAAGACAAUGUACAGUCGGUGUACUUGAUGGGGAUGCUGCUGACUUCACAGAUCAACUGGCUAAUUGUUUAGCCCAGAUGUACAUACUCUUUAAGAUCAAAGGCCAAUUCGAACAUGCACAACUGGCUGCUAUUUGGGGUUUGAACGCAGCAUUAAAAAGUAAUAGAGAUUUCUUUGUUCUCUGCACAGCUUACGUCAAUAUGAUGAUAACAGCACACAGGCAUCAGUACAGAAGCAUCGUUCUUGCUCUGGAGGAUAACGCUAUUAAUGUUUGUUGUCGCAAAAAGGACACAGUCGAGCUGCAGGAGUUGAACGCGGUAGCAGAAUUAUACGUCAGAAUCUUCUUCUCAAGAUGGCUGCGUGGUGACUCAAGAAAAGCAACAAGCUUGGGCUUUGUUACUUUUAGAAUUUGCAAUACGAUUCGUGCAAUUAGUUUGGAGUUAUCGAUACUACCUAGGCUCAUUCAUUUGUUAAUAAUUGCACGUCGCCACGACGAAGCCGUUUCUAUGAUGCGUGGAUUAGAAUUUAAUUGUAACGACGAUGUCGACAAAUCUGGACGCACUUGGUAUUACGCACUUUGUGUGGAUAUUCAAUUGGAAACUGGAUUAACUAUACUACCAUACCGGAAAUGUGAACAGUAUUAUCAGGAACAAGGUCAAACCAUGAUAAAUCUACGUGAUCCUGAAUCAGAGAAGAGAUACUUCACAUGCAUGUGGCUCUGGUGCAUCAGAACGGAACACUUAGAAGCAGCGAUUGUUUGGAAAACUGAAAUGAUCAAUGCGUGUAACGUUGCGAGUGAAUUUUCAAUAGCAACGUCUUUCACGGCUACGAAGAGAUUGGAAGGAUUAAUUAUAUCCUAUGUGCAUAAGAUCAAUAGCAGGAACAUAAAAGCCAUAGGUCAUUUGAUAGUUGAAAUCAAGAAGCAAUUUAAGGUCAUUAAUAAAAUUAUAAAGGUGAUCAAAAUUAUAUAUCCCAGAUAUAACCUACUGAAAGCAUACUAUCACAUGGUGCAUUCUCGAAAAAAAUUAGGUAUGAAAUAUUUACAACGAUCUAAGACAUUAGCUAUUAAAAUGGAGAAUAUUAUGAUAUAUGAGUGGGCUUCUCACUGUGAAAAGGUAUGGACUGGUGCGAUAAAUUCUAUUCAAUGUGACAUGUGGAAAGAAAAUGUUACAAAAGAAAAAAUUGUCGGCUGGCACGAGAUUGAUACGAGAUCAAAUGUUGUCCCAUAUUCUCUGCCAUUGCCCAAAUUUUCUCACUGA